AUGUCCGAUCGCCAGCGCAUCAGGCGCAACAAGGCGCGCAAGAAGGCCGCCGCCGCUGCUGCUAAGGCUCGUGGUCCUCCGCGCGUGACGAUGCUGUCACUGCCCGCCGAGAUCAUCGUCCGCAUCCACGUCCUCGCCGGCAACACGCACCUGCCCGAGAACCAGCGUGCCAUCCUGACUAAGGCGAUCACGCACACCGUCGUCAACAAGGACGUAGCGAGGCAGAUUGUAUCAAGGUGUGCGGCGCGCGGUCUACACCAGCAGCCUGUCCAGAUCCUCCCUCCCCACCUCGAUGGGGCUACGUGCAAGCUCACCGGUCCCCCCCGCAAGCUGAUGCUCUUCCUCCUCGACGAAGGGUAUCUUUGCAGCGGCACGUACCGCCCGCUUCUCCGCCAUGCAGUCGAGCACCGUGACCAUGACCUCGUUCGCGUGCUCGUCAGUGUGACCAAGGCCGUUGAGAUUGGUGUUGUUCUCGCUGCCAUCCGGCUCCGUGACCUACUACUCGUCAAGCUCCUCGUGGCACACCCGCCACGCCCGGUCCGCAAGGGCCAGAAGAACGGCAUCACGCUUUGCCCCCGCCUCCUCUUUGCCGCCCUUGACCGUCACCUCAUCGCCGACUACCUGUCCGGUGUCCUUCACUAA